GGGCCGCGCUCUCCACCUGAGACCCCCGCGUCGGGGUGGCCGCAUGGGGCUGCUGGUGUUACGGGCGCCGCUGCAGGCCGGGUUGGGGCGUGCGAAGCAUUCGAGGUGCGGGAGCUGAAGGCUUCAGGGGAACCCUGACCUAGGGACAUCUCAAUGGCCCUGGGAGAAGAAAAGGCAGAGGUGGAGGCAUCCGAGGACACAAAGGCCCCGUCCCGUGGGAGGUGGAGCUGCAGGGAGCAGGAGGUGGGCACCCCAAGGCCCGUGAGCAGGGAGCAGCCGCCACGCCUGGAAGCUGAGGGAGGGCCCGCCUCCCCUGUGUGGCAGGCGGAGGGGCUGCCUGUCCCUGCCUGCUGCGGCGGGGCUAGCCCUGGCCCCUCUGGAGCCUGCCAGCUGCAGGCCAACGAUGCCAGCAGGGAGCCCGGUGGGUCUCAGCCUGCUCUCAGUUGCCUGCGUCCUCCUGCCAGCGUGGGGACUGGAGAGCUUUUGCCCUCUGUGGGAAGCCAGAUGGAGGAGACCAGGCUUUCUGCCUCAGAGGAGCUACCUCAGACUCUCAGCGUUCCCAGAGCCACAGCUCUUCGCUCAGGACAUGAUGCUGAUACUAAAGAUGACCCAUCCCCACUUGAGUCGCCUCGGGUACUGGACCUCAGCCAACAACCUCACAUCUCAGGUUUCCCUUUCUCGUCAAGGUGGAGGUCCGUGGUGAGCCCAGGUGCCACUGCUCAGUUUUCCAGCUGCAGUGGCUCUGCCUCAUCCCCCGGCAGCAGUCUCCAGGGUCACCGAGAUAAGGCAGAGCCGCAAAGUUGCUCCCUUGCCAAGGUCUCCUCCUCCCUGGAGCUGGUCGUCCCCCAGCCAGCCCCCUCUGUGGUGGGGCCAGGGCCUCGGCUCCAGUGGUCAUCACAGCCUGUGUCCUCUGGGGGUGAUGCUUCUGGGCUGGGCAGGAGGCGCCUCUCCUUCCAGGCAGAGUACUGGGCCUGCGUGCUGCCAGAUUCCCUGCCCCCUUCCCCUGACCGCCACUCUCCCCUCUGGAACCCGAAUAAAGAGUACGAAGACCUGCUGGACUAUACUUACCCACUGAGGCCCAGGCCUCAGCUCCCAAAGCGCCUUGACAGCCACAUGCUGGCUGACCCUGUCCUGCAGGACUCAGGUGUAGACCUGGAUAGCUUCUCUGUCUCCCCAGCAAGCACCCUGAAGUCACCCACUAAUAUCUCCCACAAUUGCCCUCCAGCAGAGGCCACUGCCCUGCCAUUCUCUGGGCCCAGAGAGCCAAGCCUUAAGCGGUGGCCCUCUGGAAUACCCCCAAAGCAGGGCAGUGUGGGCUUGGCGUCGUGUAGCCUGCUCGCAUCUACCCCCAGAGCCCCAGGCAGUAGGGACACUCCUUGGGAGAGCAGAGAGCCAGCCCUGAGGGGCAUGAGGGACUGGCUGCCUGUGGGCAAGCACCUUGAGGUGGACUCUCCCCAGCUAAAGACAUGGGAUGGAGGGUGGCCUUCACCUAGGCCAGGAAUAGAGAAGGGGGCCAGCCAGAGUAUCCGGCGCCCUGCCUGCAUGGAGUCUGGAUGGAAAUCAGAGGAGGAGGUGGAAAGCGACGACGAGUAUCUUGCCCUGCCCACUCGGCUGACGCAGGUUUCUAGCUUGGUUUCAUAUUUAGGUUCCAUUCCUACUGUAGUGACCCUGCCCACCGGGGCUCCCAAAGGGCAGAGCUCUCUGGACAUGUCGGACAGUGAUGAGCCAGCUUCCCUCCCAUCGGAGUCCAGCCAAAGCCAGCUUCCCUCUGGGGCUGCCCUCAGAGGGUCCAGGGACCCUGAGAGCCAGAACCACUGUUUGCUGCGCUCCUUCGUCCAUGCAAGGGCCUCUGCAGGGGCAGGCGGUCUGGGGAGCAGCCAGGACCUGGGGGUCUCCUCUGGACCUCUGAGAACACGUUCCUCCUUGCCAGCUAUGUUGGACCGGCGGGCGUUCUCCAACGCAGAUGCUGAAGGGCAGCUUCCCAGGCGAGGAGGAGAGCAGGGAAAAGAACCGCUCGUGCAGUGUGUGAAGACAUUCUGCUGUCAGCUAGAAGAGCUGAUCCGCUGGCUGCAUAAUGUAGCAGAUGUUACCGACCACUUGACUCCACCCAAGUCCAGUCUUACAGGUCUCAGGUCGUCUCUGCAGCUUUACCGGCAAUUUAAGAAAGAUAUAGAUGAACACCAGUCCCUGACGGAGAGUGUCUUACAGAAAGGAGAGAUUCUUCUUCAGUGCCUGCUGGAUAAUACUCCAGUGUUAAAGGAUGUCCUCAGGAGGAUCUCGAAGCAGCCCAGUGAGCUAGAGAGCCACGCAGAUCACCUGUAUGACACUAUCUUGGCCUCUCUGGACAUGCUGGCUGGCUGUACCCUCAUCCCUGACAACACGCCAAUGGCACACAGGAGCACCGAUGUGAAGGGGAUUAGCCUGGCAUCUUCUCAGGCAGAGAUGUAAUCUGUCAGCCAAAAUCUGGCUGGUGGGAAACUUUCAGGAAGUCCUUGUAAGAGCCAUUUAACACUGAAAUCAAGGGGGAAACUUAACUAAUGUACUAGCUUUAAAAUGCCUUUCUCUUCCCUGAAGUAAGGGCCAUUGAGUUACUAUUUUUAUUUAAAAUGAAUCCUUCCAAACUACCCUUCUCCUUUUGGUGCUUCUUUACAAAGAGCAUGUGGCUUUGCAUUUUUUGAUAAAAUAAUGCUAAUAAGACUUACAGGUUUUUCCUCCCCCCACCCCAUUCUAGUUAAAAAGAGCUCCUAAACUAGUCCACCUACUGAGAUCAUUAAGAAGGCUGGUAUGAGAAAGAAGGUACCAAAUACUUGGUAUUCUCAGGCAUACAGGAGGACCCAAGAAACUGAAAAAAGUGAAUGAUCAGCCAGGAACUUGGGUCUUUUCAUAAAAUGAAGCUUAUGUUUAUAAAUCCCUCUUUGAAGAUUUUAGAGACUUUAACUCUCCAAAUUAAUAGAAAAUUCUAAACAAACAGAACCUCUACAAAUUAUUUUGGGCUGUUAGGACACUUUUUGUCAUCUUCAGGACUUAGGGCUCCAUCUGCCUGCGUAACUAAUCUCUUACAGGAAAAUGUGUCAGGGACUUAGGAACUACCGUUGAGCUUCAGCAGGGCUAUGGGCUAAUCACCCACCUUAAGGGUACCUCUGGGAGGACGCAUCCUCCUACUCUCCCUUGGAAUAGUCGUCCAGGGUCACGGAAGGGCAUGGAUAGGAUCACACAGCCUGAUUACCUACAGAAACUAAGGCUGUCAAUAAUAAAGGAAAAAAGGGAAUUCUCUGUUGCUUAGGAGGUGACAUUUAAGUAUCUUGACGGAAAAAAAGAAUCUAUGCAUCAACCAUUUGAAGCAUGAAUUUUAUAGCUUUUUAAAGCAAAAUGAUCAGCUAUUGCUAGUAACCAUAGAUUCUGCAAAAACAAAAAAGCACUUAAAAAAAGUUAUACUGGGCCAUGAACAAACAUGGAAGGAGGAAAGCACAUUUUUUCCCAUCUAUUUUUGGUAUUACAAUGGGCUAAGACGUAAGGGAAUGGUUCUUCACACUUAAGUAUGUGUGAGAUAAGCCCUUACAGAUCUUCUUCCAGCUCCUUCCAAAUUCUCAUUUGAGGAGGGUGCUUAAGAAAGGAAGAUUUUUUAGGUUUAUAAAGAAAUGAAUAAGUCAUUUUGAACCCAAGGAGAGUGACUUUGGAACAAUUAUUCUCAAUAAGCAGACUUCUGAUAUCCCUUCAGAACAAAACCUUUUAAUACAAAAUUACCUCCUUUAAAAGAAGUUUAGGACUUGAAUUUUGGGGGCUGAGCCACAUAAUCUUAACACCAUCUCGUCCACCUCUAUAUUAAAUAUCAAAAAUGACUUUUCUGCUUUAAAAUUUCUCAGACUUUAUGGUCACUGGAAAAUAUGCUGUUAAAUUCUAAUAUUUAAAGAUUAACUAUGAAGGAAAACUAUAUAAAAUUCAAUAGUAGCUAUAUAAAAUGCAGAAUUUUAAGCACCUGCUGCUACUAUGGUAUGAUUUACCAUAAGGGCAUGAUCCGAAUUAAACUGUAUUAUGAUUCUGCCAUCUCCAUAUUAAUCUUGGUUCCAUACAUAGUGAGAUUUAAAAAGACAAAACAAAAUACCUCCCUAGCAAAUAACUGUAUUUGUUAAAUAGUCUUAAAAGCCUAUAAUUAGUUAAAAAGGCAGAUAUGUCUGAUGGCCUCUGUUCUUAAAUUGAUAUAUUUCACUUUCUCUUUAAUGUGGUUGUAAAUUGGUACAUGCCUUUCCACUGAGUAUUUUUCAGGAUAGCCCUUAGGAGUUAAACCCAUUUAUUUACUAGUAUUUGAUAGGCAUGAAAAUAAGUCUAUUAGUUGGCCAAAAAAUUCAAGACGACAACCCUAUAGAAACAAAUGGCCAAUGUUAUAGCAGUUGAAUGCUGAAUAUGCUAUUCUUUUCCCAUUCAACCUAAUUAUAAUCAGCUUCAACUGACAGGAAUUUUCACAGAAUAUUUUAUUUCACAGUACCCUGUCUCCCAUCACUUUACCUAGAAAUGAUCUAAGAUAUUUUUGUUCAUCUCCUUUGAAGUAAGGUGUGACUGAAGCAUGCUUACUCUGGACCUAGCCGUGAAUGCCACUGAAGAGUAUCAACACAACUGUUAAUUAUAUCUUUAGCAGUGCUUUAAAAAGUUUAAGACCUCCUUUAAAACUCAAGAUGAAAUUGUUUCAGCCUAGGAAGAUGCUGCCAGCAGCAUUUCCAGGAGGAAACAUGGCUGGGUUCGAUUGAGGUAGCCUGGCUGAGGCUGACCAGUGUGCUGUGGUACACAUUAGCCUUAAGGACAACUGUGGCUUCCAGUGACAUAACAGUGGUUAUGAACUACCAAGUUUACCUGUUGUAAAAUUUCCUAGUAGUUCCUUUAAAUUAGUAGAACUUAAGUCCAGAGGGAAGUGGCAAUACUAAGAGCUGGACUGGCAGUUGCAAGACCUGGGUUCUUGUUGCAGCUCCAUGGCUAAGCUCAUCUGCAAACAGGAGACAGUGUCAAUACAGGGCUGUUUUGAAGCUUAAAUGGGAACAUAAAGAAGGGCUGCUGUAGAAUAUGCUUCAAGGCAAUAUGGAUGCUAAAGGAAAUUUCAGUCCAAGGUCAAAAACAGAAGUUACUGCUCAGACCAGAAUAGCUAUCAUUCUGCAAGGAUUUCCCAGAGACUGUGACUGCUUAGGUUUACAACACUCUUCACUUCAUGUAAGCUAAUUCAUGGCAGCCACUUACAUUUAAAAUACAAUAAGCAGUAAUUCCCUUUAAGUGAACAGAUUAUUAAAGCCCAUAGUAGCUUGAAAUGUUUGUACUUGAAAAUGGGGGUAGAAGUGGGAAUAUGUUAUUUACAAAACUGCAUUUAUUGGCAUAUUCAUAAAAGCAAAUAGUGAAGCAUGCUGAAACAGCCUGUGGUAAGCCCCAGUCUUGACUGCCGUGGGGGAAAGAACACUAGAAUUUUCAAAACUAAAUAAGUAUGUAAAUAUGCUUACAUCUUAAAUUCAUGUAACAUUUUUUGCUAACUCACCAAGAAUAAGCUGAUGGUUUGAGCUUGCUGUAUAAAUCAGAAGU